CCGGGUGUCCGAGCUCAGCUCCUUCAGCUCGGCGGCUGCCUGGAGGUGGCGCAGGCCAGCCGCGGGACUCGUCUUCGGCAGGGAGCUCCAGUCCAGGAGCUGGGGCAGCUCUCGUCGCUCCUGGUUCCGCUGAACCCCUGUCCACGACCUGGGUCGGGCAUGUUUUCCAGGGCCCAGGUGAAGCGGAUCCUGCAGCGGGUGCCCGGGAAGCAGCGACUCGGCGUUUACAGGUUCCUGCCCUUCUUUUUUGUCCUGGGAGGAACGAUGGAGUGGAUCAUGAUUAAACUCCGCGUGGGCCAGGAGACCUUCUAUGAUGUCUACCGUAGAAAAGCCUCAGAACGACAGUAUCAGAGAAGGCUGGAAAAUGCAUCGGAGACUGAACUUCAGCCGUCAAUAAAGUGAACAUGAAAUUUUA